CAGUUUCAGAUCGUUUUUGAAAAUACAUGUAAUCUGCUUAGUUUGUUUUGUACAAUGAGAUCAGUUUGUUUAUUACAGUGAGAUGGCUUUAUUUUUGAAUAGAUAUAUUUAUUAGAAAGUAUAUGUUUGUACGACAGUCUAAAAUUUACCACUGUGUGUGAGAGAGAAAGUAAAGUGUAACUGUGUGUGAAAGAGAAAGUAAAAUGUUUCUGUGUGAGAGAGAGUAAAAUGUAACCCGCGCUCCUGCGGAUGGAUAGUGAGGAUAAACCCACAGGUUGUGAGAUGUGAAGAGAACAUUUAUUGGAUCAGAAAACCGUGAGAAAGCGACAGAAAAGCACAUAUAAUUACAUGGAAUUACAUCGAACAUACAGCACAGAAACAGGCCAUUCGGGCCCAACUAGUCUGCAAUGUUUAUUGUCCACAUGACCUGCCCUUCCUCAGGUCCUAGAGGAUGAGCUGGAAACACUUUGUUCAGGUCCUAUGGCUUGUGCUUCCCCUCUCACUGACUGCAGAGAGAUUCACAGUCAGUGGCCCGGCCCUCCCUGUCCCAGCCAUUGCUGGUUCAGAUGUUGUCCUGGACUGUAAGUGUUCCACAGACCUGCCACGAGAAGGUGUGGAGGUGAGAUGGUUCAGGACAAGUUACGAUUCCCCUGUGUACUUAUACAAGGAGGGACGACAUCAACUGAGAAAACAGGAUGAAGCCUACAGACAUAGAACACAACUAUUUUUAAAGGAGUUUAUCUAUGGCAAUGUGUCUCUCAGACUGGGAAAUGUGCGGGUGUCAGAUAAUGGAGAGUACACAUGCUUUGUGGAGUACGCCGGAUCAAAUCAAGAUGUACUGAUAGAGUUGAAUGUUAUAGGCCUUGGCAGUCAGCUUUGGAUUCACGUUGAUGAGCAGCACAGUGAUGGUGUGAGGCUGCUGUGUGAAUCCAGUGGAUGGUUCCCAGCACCAAAGGUUCUAUGGUUUGAUGAUCAGGGAAACAACUUAACAACACUCAGUAAUUGGACUGUCAGAGAGGAUUCUAAAGGUCUCUUCAUUGUUAAAAGCGAAAUAGAAAUAAUCCGUUCAACCAACAAGAUCAGGUGUCUGAUUCACAAUUCAGAAAAUGAACAAGAAGCAAAACUCCAAAUCUCAGACGAGUUCUUUCCCAAAGUGCCAGUGGGUUUGGUGGUUUCCUCACUGCUCUUAGGACUUGCCAUAAUGAUGCUGAGUGUUCUGGUCGGCUACAGUGUAAAACAGCAUCGAGAGAUCAAAGAUCUUGAGAAGAGAGUGGUGUUGAAAAGGAUUCGCAGGUGUGCAGUUACAGUCACUCUGGAUCCUGACACAGCCCAUCCCCUGCUCAUCCUGUCUGAGGACCGGACCAGUGUGAGACUCGGAGACAAUCAGCAGUCGCUCCCUGACUCCCCGAAGAGGUUUAGUUUGUAUCCCAUCGUCCUGGGAUCUGAGGGCUUCACAUCAGGGAAACAUUACUGGGAGGUGCAGGUGGGCAACAAGUCAUGGUGGAUUAUGGGAUUGGCCACAGAGUCUGUCAACAAGAAUCAACGAAUCACUUGGUCAGCAGAGGGUGGGGUCUGGGGGGUGAGGCUGAGGGGCAAGAGCUAUGAUGCUCUGUCUUCACCUCCCACCCGCCUGCCCCUGACAGUGAGACUCGGGAAGGUCGGAGUUUAUCUGGACUAUGAAGAGGGACAGAUAUCAUUUUAUAACGUUGACAACAUGUCUCAUCUCCACACUUUCACACAAACUUUCACUGAGAAACUUUAUCCUCUGUUCAAUCCCUGGUAUAAUUCUGAGCCUCUGACAAUCUGCCCAGUGACAGGUUAAUGUGGUCGAAAGAGCCUCUCAUCCACCCACACACUCGUAUCCUCCCAACACACACCCUCACAUCCCCCCACACACAAUCCACACAUUUCCCCACACAAACUCUCACAUCCCUCUCACACACACCCUCACAUCUCCCAUUGUCACAUUGUCACCAGAGAGUGGGGUCUGGGGUGUGGUAUGGGGUCGAUGAGGCUCUGACGGCAUCUCAUUAAAAUCUCCCAAAUCACUUUGGUAUCUAUAAACAAGGUGACAUGUUGUUCCCCAGUGAGCAGCCGUGUCUCACUGUGUAUAAACACCGUGUAUUUUCAGUGACAGCUUUUAUAAUCUGUAACGUUUCUUAUUCACUAUAACAAUCACCCAAGAAGCGAGAUCUUUAAUCCUCACUAAACCGAGGUCCCGUCUGUAUCUGUUCAACUGAAUAUUAAUAUCCAAACUAUUGUCUUUCACUUGCAAAAUAUUGGAUCAAUUUACAAUAAAUCAUGUUG